AUGCAUGGAAUUUCACAAAAAAGUACUAAUAAUGUAAGACGAAAGUAUGAUAGGAAGAAUGAUAAAAUAAUUUGGAAAACUAUUCUUGAAAAGUUUCUCCAAGAAGAAUCUGAUUAUCUUGAAUAUGAGGGUUUGAGUAAUGAAGAAAGGCAAUUGGUUCAUCAGUUGUGUUCAGAAUUUGGGCUAACUUCAAAAAGUGUGGGAAGUCCUGGUAAUCGCAUUUUAACAAUACGCAAAAAAAAUGACAUACAAAGGCAUGUUAUUACCAAAGAUGCUCAAGAGAUUAAACUAAAUUACGAUCAAUUGUCAAUGAUAAAAGAUAUAACAGAUUGUAGACCAAUUGAGUUAAAUGAAACAGAAAAACAUUUACAUAAUGAGUGUAACGAAAGUAGGAAGAAUUUGCUUAAUAAAAUUGUUACUAAUGAAAGUACCACAAAAAUGGUACCACCACCGGCAAAAUGUAGUUCCUCUAUGGAAAGGAUUCGAAAAACAUUACCAGCACGAGAAAAAAAAGAAUUAAUUUUAAAUACCAUUCAUGAUAAUCGUGUGACAUUAAUUACCGGUGGAACUGGUUGUGGUAAAACAACUCAAGUACCACAAUUUAUUUUAGAGGAUGCAUUUAGUAAUAACAAAGCUAUAAAAGUGAUAUGUACUCAGCCGAGGCGAUUACCUGCUGUUGCAGUUGCGGAAAGAGUUGCUAAAGAACGUGGAGAAGUUUUAGGAGACACUGUAGGUUAUCACAUCAGAUUGGAACAGAAAACAUCUAAAAAAACUAUACUAACAUAUGUGACAAGUGGUGUUUUAUUAAGACAGUUAGAUCAACUAGGGGGUUCUUUAACGCAUGUUAUAUUAGAUGAGAUUCAUGAACGAGAAACUAAUACAGAUUAUUUAUUAGCAACCUUGAAAUUACUUUUGGAAAAAUCAUUGAAUCUUAAGAUUAUUCUCAUGUCUGCUACAAUGGAAAGUAAUUUAAAUCUUUUCAUGAAAUAUUUUAAUAAUGUUCAAGUAGCACAUGUAGAUAUACCGGCAAGACUUUAUCAUGUAGAAAAAAUAUUUUUAAGUAGAAUAUUAUGGAUGACAGGAUUUAAAAGGCAGAAUUUAGAUAUUGGAAUAUUUAAUUAUGGAGGAUCAGUAGAACAAAGUAGUACAUUUAGUAUGGAUAAUCAAUCACAACGAUGUAACUCCUAUACUAGAUCAGAUAAUUCAUUUAAUUUUUAUCGAAGAAAUCAGGAGUAUGAUCAUUUCAAUGCCAAUAAUAUGUUGAUGAAUAAUCAACAAAAUUUUGAUAGACAUGGUGGUGCAGGAAAUGUAUCCAUGUGGAGAUCAAUGCAAAAAUCAAAUCGUUAUCAAUCAAAUAAUUUUAAUGAAUUUCCUUAUCAAAAAAAUUAUUUUGAUGAAUUUGAUUAUAAAUCGACAUCAAAAUUAAAUAUUAAUGAUUAUGAAAUUACGAAUCAAUAUUAUUCUGGUUUAGGAGUUAAUGAUCCAUCAUAUGUUGAUCUUGAUUUGGCUUUACAUGUCUUAAAGUAUUGUUUCUUAAGUCCAAUUGAGGGAUCAAUAUUAGUUUUUUUGCCUGGUUCAGAGGAGAUUAAUAAUUUGAAAGAUAUGAUUGAAGAUGAUUUUAGAGGACUUCCAAUAAUACCUUGUAUUUAUAUUCUUCAUUCACAAAUGAAUUGUUCAGAUCAACACAAAGUUUUUGAUUCAGUUGGUAGAGGAAGGAGGAAAAUUAUAUUAUCUACCAAUAUUGCUGAAGCAUCAAUUACAAUAGAUGAUGUUGUUUUUGUUAUUGAUUCUGGAAAAGUUAAAGAGAAAACAUAUGAUCCAGUUAGUAGAAUAUCUCAAUUAAAAACACAAUUUGUUGCUAAAAGUAAUGCAGAACAAAGAGCUGGUCGAGCAGGAAGAUGUAAAAAUGGAUAUUGUAUUCGACUUUUUUCAAAAGAAGAUUAUCAUGGAAUGAGUGAUUGUCAAGUUGCUGAAAUGAAAAGAUCAGCAAUACAUAAUGUUUGUUUACAUGCAAAAAUGUUUGCACCUAAUGGAAUGUCCGUAAAUAAAUUUUUAUCUCUUGCUCCAGAACCACCAUCAAUUGUAAGUAUACAAAAUUCAAUGAAUUAUUUAGAAGAAUUGGGAGCUUUGUACAAUGAAAGAAAAGUAACACGCCGGCAGUUUUGUGAUCCAGAAACUGUUAGAGAAACAGGAAAUAUCCGAAUCUCUUAUGAUAAUUCACAGGAUGACGAAGAAGAAGGUGAAUUGACUGAACUUGGUUAUAUAAUGGCCGAAUUACCUGUUGAUCCACCUUUAGCUCGAUUGCUUAUUUUUGGUUUGGCAUUUAAAUGUUUUAAUCCUAUAUUAUCAUUAGUUGCCUGUCUAUCUCAUAGGGAACCUUUUAUUAUUCCUUUACCUUGUGAUCGUGACAGAGCACAACGAGCUAAAGAUCAAUUUGGUGGUGAAGAAUUAUCAGAUCAUCUUUUACUUAUAAGAUUAUUUUUUCAAUUUGAAUCUGAAUGUCUUCAGUAUCAACAUGAAUUUUGUAAAAAAAAUUUUAUUAAUUACAAUACUAUGAAAAUGAUUUCUGGAAUUAAAAAACAACUUCUUAUUGAACUUCGUCGUUUUCAUUUAAUACCCCAUGAUAUGAUAUAUUCAGAUGACAUUCGUGUUAACCAAUUUUCCACAUCGUGGCCACUUAUUCAAGGUAUUAUUGUUGCUGGAAGUUUUCCAGGAAUUGGAUGUUCUGACGUUGGAACAAAUGUCAAAAAAAUUCGUACAGAUGCAAAAAAUAAUGUUGUUCUUCAUCAAAGUUCUGUUGUUAGGAAACAACUUAUUAGAUCAGAAAGUUACAGAACAGAUGUUGAGUAUCUGGCCUUUUUUGAAUUAUCCAAAGUUGAUCAUCGAUUGUAUGCUCGUACAGUUACUGCUGUUCCUCCAUUACAAACAAUACUUUUUAGUGGACCUUUACGAUUAGCACCUCAUAAUAUUAAUCUUUUGAUGGAAGAUGAAUUAGAUCAGAAAAGAAUCAAUGAAGAAAAAGAAAGAGAUUUACAUCCAUACAAUAGGAGAAUUGAACAUCCUGAAAUGAAAAAUAAAACUACUGCUAUCUUGAGUUUAGAAACUUGGCUUGAAUUUGUAGGAAACCGUAGUGUUCUUAAGGAUAUACUUAAAUUACGUUUUAGAAUGAUGGAAUAUUUAUUAAAAUUUUUAAAGCAUCCUCUUAGACCUCUUGAUAAAUUUGAUGAUUUUUUCCUACGAAAACUUGAAAAUAUUCUUCAAUCAGAAUGUGAAAGAUUAAAGUUUAAGUAUAAUGCUAAUUUACCACCUCCCACAAAAUAUCCAAUGGAAGAGUAUAGAAAUGAGUAUCAGGGAAAUCAUAAUUUUCGUUUUUACGAUAAUAAUAAACAUCAUAGCAAUAGGCCGUACAGAAGAAUUUCGAAUAUUCAUAAUUUUGAAUUAAAUAGUCCGAAUAACAAUGCAGAAUGGAAUUUUAAUAAUCCAAUUACAGUUAAUCAUGCUGUUUUUUACCAACAAACAAUGAAACAACCAAGUAAUUACCAAGAUGUACGAUAUGAAAAUUCUCAAGUUAGAAAAGACAAUGAAUAUAUUAUAUCAUCGGAUGAUUUUAACUACGAAUAUUCUCAAAGAGAUACUUCAGUUCCAAAUUUUGGAGAAAAAAGUCGUGGAGACGAUAAUUUGUUUUUUGACAAUGGUGAUAAAGUGUUGGAGAAACCAACAUUAACCUAUCAAGUCACGAUAAAAACAUGCAACUAUGAUAAUAAUCCAAAAAUACAUUAUAAUCAAAACAAUUACAACCAAACUAUGAAUCAAUUUCAAAAUAAUUAUAAAACUACAAUUGAACAUAAAAAUUUUGAUCAUCAACAAAAAAACGAAAGUAAUAAUUUUCAGAAAAAAUACUGUAGAAAUUCAAAUCAAUCAGAAAUUGUUAAGAAAAUAGAUAAUAAGGAGGAAGAUAAUAAACAAAUUAAAAAACCUGUACCAAUUUUGGGAAGACGUAUUGAAGUAGCUGAAUUAUUUGGAAAUAAUUAUUGUGGUCAAACUAGUCCUAGUUCUAAUAUUACAACAAAUAUUUACAAUGCAAACGUUUCAACUACAAAUAGUGAUGUAAAAGUGCAAAUUUCUGUAAUUGGCGGUCAAAAAACACCAACAUCUCCAUCAGUGAGUAAUUCUAAAGGCAACAAACGUCAUUUACUAAAUCAGUCCAGUUUCAGAAAUGAAGUUAAUCCUUCUGGUAGCAAUAACAAAGUUCAAAAUCUUAAUGAAAAUAUAUCGGUUAAAUUAAAUACUGAAGAUGAACAAAUUCCUGAAGACCCGUGUGUUAAAAAAGAUUCUAACAAUAAAUUAACAGACAACCAAAGAAAAAGAACAAAAAAUAAAGAAGAUUUUAAUAUUUCAAACAAUGAUGAGAGUAAAAAAGAUAAUAAAAAUGAUAUUAAAAAGGAUGACCAAAAAAGUACACUUUUUAUGGGAAAACCACAUAACAGAAAUCGUUUUUAUAAUUCAAAAACAAAAUUUAAUAAUAGUCAAAAAUCAAAUAUAAAAAAGUAG